AUGGAAAUAUACGCAAAAGCCUAUGAUGUUAAAGUCUGGAGAGUUAUCAAAAAGGGGAACUAUCCUCUGGCGGCUGCCGCUCAACCGCUUGCUGAUCCUCAAGAUAUAGAUUCAUAUACAGAUGAGCAAAUGGCAGUUGUACAAGUUAGCAAUAAGGCAAGGAAUUUGCUCUACAAUGCUAUAAGUGGUGAAGAGUACGAGAAAAUCUCCAGUUGCGAUACAGCCAAAGAGAUGUGGGACAAACUUGAAGUUACAUAUGAAGGAACCAGCAAAGUAAAGGAAACACAUAUCAACAUGUUGGUUCAUGAUUAUGAACUCCUUCAGAUGAAAGAAGGAGAAUCCAUUGAAAAGAUGUUUGCCAGAUUCAGCAAAAUCAUUAGCGAUCUAAAAGCUUUUGGCAAACCAUACUCAACUGGUGAUCAAGUUAGGAAGAUUCUCAGGAGCCUACCCACUACUUGGCAGAUAAAAGUAGUUAUACUUGAAUCACAGGAUCUAAGUAAGCUAUCAUAUGAUGAACUUCGAGGAGAACUCAUAGCAUUCGAGAAAACUCAUCUCAAGAAAACAAACCAGGAAGAAAAGAAGAAAAAAGUUGCAUUCAAGCCCACAACUGAAAAAGUAGAAAAUGAUCUCGAUGAUGACCUUGAAGCUCUUCAAGAAGAUAUUGCCAUGGUGUCAAGGAACAUGGAUGGUUUAAUGAGAAGAUUCAGGAAUGCGAGAAGAAGGAUGCCACCCAGGCGAUUCAGGCAAUACAAUCAACAAGACAAAAAUGAUGGCAAAUGCUAUGAGUGUGGAAGAUCUGGACAUGUUCAAGCUGAAUGUCCUGAACUAAAAAGGAAAACCUCCAGAGGCUUCAACAAAAACAAAUCAUUUGGAAGCUGGAGAUGCUGGACAGAUGAGGACACUUCAGACGAUGAAUGCAAAGACGACGAUGAGAAUUGUUUCAUGGCACGAGAAUCAGUACAUGUUAUAUUUGAUGAAAAUAACACUUUGGCCGAGAAAGGAAUUAUUGCAGGUGAUGAAGAUCAAACUCAAGAAAUUCUGGAGACAAGCAAAUCUCAAGAGUCGACUAAUAAGUCUGAUGGUGUGAUAGAGUCAACUAAUGAAACCAGCAACAGUCAACCAGAAUCUCUGAAGGAGUUAACUACUCAUAUAGUUUGUCCAAAUGAAUGGAGAAGUGAACCUGAAUAUCCUCAAAAAUUUAUCAUGGGAGAUCCAAGCGAAGGCAGUUAA